AUGCAGGGUCAAGCGGGAAAAAGAAAGACAGACGGAAAAGUGCCCAGCAACACGGAACAAAAUUGUCCAGAUUUAUUCGAGCGGCCGCGGUUAGUAUGCAUAAUGCAGGCGCCCCUCGUCCAAAUGCGAACGGUUCCAUCCGAAACAGGCCAUUUCCCAAAAAUUAUUUCUCUUAAUAGAAGUUGCUCGCGUAGUUACCUAUUGUCGAUGCCGCAUACGCAGUUACCUUAUCCGUUGCCCUACGGAGAAUUUCCGCGAUGCAGCACCGUGCGGCGAGAUCACAAUUUUCCUUGUACACUCUACUCUGCCCCUGGAGUGGUUCACCCCCGUCUGUGCGUAUUUUCGUGUAUGAUGAUAUAA